AGCCGAGAACGGGGGGCUCCUGGGGCUCCUGGGGCUCCUGGGUCCUCCUGGGCUGGGAGCGCCAGGCCACGGGCGGGCUCCGGCUCAGGGCUCCCCUGUGCGUGGCGUGGGGCCCCCGCCCAGCCGGUGAGCCUCCCUGGACGCCGCCAUGGCCCUGAGUAACGUGCCCUUCCGCUCAGAGGUCCUGGCCUGGGACCCCGACAGCCUCGCAGACUACUUCAGGAAGCUCAACUACAAGGACUGCGAGAUGGCAGUGAGGAAGUACCAAAUCGACGGCGUGCGGUUUCUGAACCUAACAGAAAAUGACAUCCAGAAGUUCCCCAAGCUCAAGAUGCCGAUCCUCAUUAGGUUGAGUCAAGAUAUCAACAGGAAUGAGGAGAGGAGGAGCAUUUUCACCCGCAGACCCCACAUCCAGAGGUUUCCUGAAGAGAGAGAAAGCCGGGAGGAGGAGGAGGAUGGCGGCUGGUCGUCUUUCGAGGACGACUACGAGAGCCCCGACGACCCCGACGACCCCGGGGAGGACCAGGGCGACUACGAGUCCCCGACGGAGGAGGAGGGGGCCGCGCCCGUGGACGAGGCGGACUACGAGCCCCCGCCCUCCAAUGACGAGGAGGCCCUGCAGGGCGCCAUCCUGCCCGCCCAGCCCCUGGCCGGCUCGGGCUCCGUGUACAUCGACCGGCCCCCCGCCGGGAAGGCCCCCCAGCAGCCCCCCACGCUCCCCCAGAGAACGCUGGCCGGCCCCCCUCCGCCUCCCGCCAGCCGGGGUCACCUGCCACUGCCCGUGCUGCAGGCCAACCAUGAAGAACCUAGCAGGGGCCGAAGCCACAAAACCCCCAAACUGCCAGCUCCUUCGGUCGACAGGAGCACCAAGCCGCCCCUGGACCGCUCUCUAGCCCUGCCCGACAGGGAGGCCUUCCUGCCAGGGAAGAAGCCAGUGUUUGCUGACAAGCCCAAGGCCCUGGCAGGAAGGGCUCCAGGGGAGCAUCUGCCCAAGACGCAGAAGGCGUCAUUACUAUGCCCCGCGGACAGGCCCGAGCGAGGCGGCCUCCCAGCAGGGAAGAAGCCGCCGGUGUCCAAGCAUGGAUGGGUACAAGACAGAAGAGAGAAUGAUGAGGAGGAUGUGCAUAGAAGGCCUCUGCCUCCGCCAGCACCACCGUCAGUGAGUUCCAGCACUUUCCCCUGGAGGUCCGCCAAGCCCAGCCCCAAGCGUUCCCUCCCUGCGUCCCACAGCCCAGGAGCUUUUGCAGAAAGCAGCAGCUUCCCGCACAGCACCUCCCUGCCGCCAUACUUCUCCCAAGGCCUUAGCAGCAGACCCCCUCCCAGAGGUGAAGGGAAAAACUUCUCCUUGCCGGUCCCCAGCAAGCCGCAGCCGCUGUCCCCCGGAGCAGAGGUGAGGAGCCACACGAAUUCCUUAGAAGAAGAGUGGUAUGUCUCUUACAUCACCCGGCCAGAGGCAGAGGCUGCGCUUAGAAAGAUAAACCAGGACGGCACUUUUCUGGUUAGAGACAGCUCUAGAAAAACAAUCACGAACCCAUACGUGCUCAUGGUGCUUUACAAAGACAAAGUCUACAACAUCCAGAUCCGUUACCAGGAGGACAGUCAAGUGUAUUUGUUGGGAACUGGCCUCCGAGGCAAAGAGGACUUCCUCUCUGUGUCACAUAUCAUCGACUACUUCCGGAAAAUGCCGCUCCUGCUCAUCGAUGGGAAGAACCGAGGCUCCAGAUACCAGUGCACACUGACGCACGCUGCAGGAUGCCCCUAGCCAGUCAGCCCAGCAAACAAGCUAGCCUCUUGGCUUGGUGAUUGGACAAACACAUGGACUGAAAUGAUCUUUGACAUGUGAAUACGAGAGGAUUUUUUUUCCAUUUUCAUAAAAUAUGUUUGGAAACUGUCAAAUAUAAUUUAUUUUUAACAGUGUACAGUACAAGGCAUGAUCACACUGCUAGCUGAUAGAGCACAGUCCAUAGUACUUCCUUCUAGUAUUACAAAAAGACUGUGUGUAGUACUUCAUUUUUU